AUGGCGUUUAUGUCCGGACUCUGGAACUCGAUCGUUGGUGGCAACGAAAAGGAAAUAGAUUGGACGGAAACAUCAGUACUGUAUUUGGACGAAACAAAGAAAUACUUCUCAGUGUCAGAGAUUGAUAAGGAAGACAUACCGAUAGUGUUCUCUGAAGGCCAUAAGAUAACGUUCAACAAAACCGGCCUAGGGUUGUCAUAUACGCCCCUUAAUUUCAUCACUAUAUAUCAUAUAGAUACCAGGAAAGCUGAAGUAAAAAUGCCGAGUGGACACAUCGAUCAGCCGGUGAUAGAAGAUAACAGGGAUGGUACCGUCAGCAUCAAAUACGAUCCAAGAGAGGAGGGAGUCCAUGAACUGUACGUCAAAUAUAAUGGAGAGCAUGUCCAAGGUUCUCCAUACAAGUUCCACGUGGACUCCAUCUCCUCAGGGUAUGUGACGGCUUAUGGGCCAGGUCUCAUCAGUGGUGUGAGUGGUGAGCCGAGUCAGUUCACCAUUAGCACUAAAGGCGCUGGUGCCGGUGGCUUGUCUAUGGCUGUUGAAGGACCAAGCAAGGCUGAGAUUACAUGUCACGACAACAAAGAUGGUACGGUGUCUGUGUCUUUCCUGCCAACAGCUCCUGGGGAGUACAAAAUAUCGGUCAGGUUUGGAGAUAAGCAUAUCAAGGGAUCUCCAUUCGUAUCCAAGGUGACAGGUGAAGGUCGCAAGAGGAACCAAAUCUCAGUGGGAAGCUGCAGCGAGGUCACGCUCCCGGGCAAGAUCAGUGACAAUGACAUCCGCAGCCUCAACGCUUCCAUUCAGGCUCCAUCUGGUCUGGAGGAACCUUGUUUCCUAAAACGCCUUCCGUCUGGGAACAUCGGCAUCAGCUUCACACCUCGUGAGGCUGGACAGCAUGUGGUAGCUGUCAAGAAGAUGGGGGUUCAUAUCCAGAAUUCUCCCUUCAACAUCACUGUUCAAGAACAAGAGGUUGGAGACGCGAAGAAAGUUAAGGUCUCCGGAGCGUCUCUUAAAGAAGGAAAGACCCAUGGAGAGAAUACCUUCAUGGUGGAUACAAGGAACGCUGGAUAUGGUGGUCUAUCACUCUCCAUUGAAGGUCCAAGCAAGGCGGAGAUCCAAUGUGCUGACAGUAAGGACGGCGUGCUCGCUAUCAGCUACAAGCCAACUGAGCCCGGAUAUUACAUCAUCAACCUUAAGUUCGCUGAUCACCACGUGGAAGGAUCACCUUUCACUGUCAAGGUUACUGGUGAGGGCAGUAAUCGUCAGCGUGAGAAGAUCCAACGUCAAAGAGAGCCAGCACCUCUCACUGAAGUCGGCACUAACUGCAAGCUGACCUUCAAGAUGCCCGGUAUAACGUCCUUUGACCUGGCCGCCACAGUCACAAGUCCGGGGGGUGUAUCUGAAGACGCUGAAAUCCAGGAAGUCGAAGAUGGAUUAUACUCAGUACACUUCGUACCCAAGGAGCUCGGAGUACACACGGUGUCUGUCAAGUACAGGGAGAUUCAUAUACCUGGAUCUCCAUUCCAGUUCACAGUUGGUCCACUUCGUGAUUCCGGCGCUCAUCUCGUUAAGGCUGGUGGAGCUGGUCUGGAGCGUGGUGAGGCUGGGAGGUUCAAUGAGUUCAAUGUGUGGACCAGGGAGGCUGGGGCCGGACAACUGGCUAUCUCUCUUGAAGGACCCAGCAAGGCUGAAAUAGACUUCAAAGAUAGAAGAGAUGGCUCCUGUGACGUGUCAUACAAAGUUGAUGAACCAGGUGAAUACCGCAUCGGUCUUAAGUUCAACGAGCAGCACAUACCGGACUCUCCAUUCAAGGUGUACAUUUCACCAGCUGUUGGUGAUGCUCAUCUUCUAGAAGUUGCUCAGUUUCCAGACUCAGCUCAAGUGGACAAGCCCACUCAGUUCUAUAUUAGACUGAACGGUGCUAAGGGUAGCUUGGAUGGAAGAGUGAUCUCUCCAUCUGGAAAAACCGACGACUGCUUCAUUCAGAACAUAGAUGGAGACCAGUACAGCAUCAGGUUUAUGCCAAGAGAGAACGGAGUACAUAACAUUAAUGUGAAGUUCAAUGGAGUCCACAUACCAGCUUCACCUCUUAGAAUCAAGGUCGGGAAAGACGACGCGGAUCCAGCUGCCGUACAUGUUCACGGGCCAGGUGUUGGAAGUGUUAAAACAGGUGCUAAGACGGACCUCAUCAUAAAUACUUGUAACGCUGGAGCUGGUAUAUUGGCUGUGACCCUGGACGGACCCUCGCGAGUAGCCAUGGACUGCACAGAAGUAGAAGAAGGAUAUAAGGUCCGCUACACACCUCUGGCGCCAGGAUUCUACUACUUGAGCGUCAAGUACAACGGAGCUCAUAUAGUUGGGUCACCAUUCAAGAUUGAAGCUACUGGUGAGAAUCUCGCUGAAAUUGGUGCUCAGGAGACAUCAUCAGUAACUGUGGAGACUGUUCAGAAGGUUUCUAAAGCGGCACAGAAGCAAGGGCCGGUGUUACCGCACUUCAAGUCAGAUGCUACUAAAGUUACCAGCAAGGGUAUGGGCUUGAAGAAGGCGUACCUCAAUAAACACAAUCAAUUCACUGUUCACGCGGGAGAUGCUGGUAAUAAUAUUCUGUACGUGGGCAUCUACGGUCCCAAGGGUCCUUGCGAUGAGGUCCAACUGAAGCACAAGGGUAAAAACAACUAUGAAUGUUGGUACGUUGUCAGAGACAGGGGAGAAUACAUCGUGAUCGUCAAGUGGGGAGAUGACCACAUCCCCGGAUCCCCCUACAAAGUCGAAGUCUAG